AUGUCACGGGAUAGCUUCAUUCAUCCCCGUACGGCAGAACUGCUGUUCUACCUUCCAGAGCUGAAGUUUGAUCAUGCCGAUCACCCCCCAGAUAUCGCGCUUUCAUGGGAGUGCUAUGAGUUUUCCGCUAACAUAUUAGCCACUGCACUCUCGCAGAAAUGCAGCCAAAGAAGUAUUAAAGAAUACCUCCAACGAUUUCCUCGGGAGGAAGUUAGUAGGUCUCUGGAACAUUACGUCAAUGGCCCUCGUAUCAUGACCUAUGCAGUUGACACUGGAAACACCGAGAUCGUUCAGCUCCUUCAUGAAUAUAACGGCAAUGCCAAUUCUGAAGACUUCGAAGAUAAUGUCCCGCUAUUAGCAUUUGCCAUUAUGCGUGCUACAAGAAAUGGACACACCAGCUUGGAAAUGGUCAAAUUAUUGCUAUCGUACGGAGCAGACCCUCUAGCGAUACCUAAAGAAAUGUGGAAGAACUAUGUCAAAACACCAAUCGCGACGAAAUACGACAGAGAUAACAUUUUGGAUUCCGAGAGAUGGUGUGUUGACGAGUACAGGCUUAUACUAGCCAAGUCACUUGACCUGACGACUCGGUAUUAUCUCUGGAGGGCUAGUCGUCUCGGAAAACCCGCAAGGCGUAUGCUCCAGAUAACUGCAGCCUUGAAAAUGACAGCACUCCUGAGAUUGCCUUUCCGGAUUAUUGGCCAGGAGUUAACUGUGAAACUAGUUAUAGAUACAGUCUAUACUCAUAUGGCACAAGACACCGAGAAGCCUCUUGUGGUAGCUUUUGCGGGUGCUUCUGGUCACGGAAAGACAGAACUCGCUACCCAGAUGGGCUCUUUGCUGUCGAUUCAGAAUAUUAACAUUGAUUGUACUCAUAUCAAUUCUCACAUGGCACUAUUCGGUAGCACAUUUGGCUACGAGAGCAAUGCUAAUGGCGCACCACUAAACAACUUCCUUGUGGAUAACCAAGGAAAACGGUGCGUUGUGUUUUUAGACGAGUUUGACAAGACCGAUUAUGAUACACGAAAUGCACUACUCAAGGUCAUGGAUGAUGGCACAUAUCGUGAUCGUCGCGGGGAGUCCGAUCAUGCCGAAUUAGAUUGCCGAAGAGUUAUUUGGAUCCUAGCUACGAACUUGGGCAAUGAUGCCAUCUCUCGAUUCCAUUCGCAAUAUCUUAUUAAGUGUAGCAACGAUGAAGAUAGGGCGAAUAUAUCGAUUGAGCCCCUCCAAAACGAGCUCGAAGAACUCUACAUGAGUCGGUUUUCGCCCGCGGUUACAGGCCGCAUUGACGAAAUCGCACCGUUCUUCCCCUUCGACAAGGGUGAGCAGGCUGUCGUCGCUCACAAAUUCCUUCUCAAGUUUAUAGAUGAAGUUCGAUGCCCUAUCGACGAAGGAACCAACCGCUUGGUCGGCCACACGAAUAUCCGCGUAAUUGAAGACGGGAAGGUUUGCGAGGAGAUAGCUAGGAAGUGGUACAAGGAAAGGCUCGGGGCGCGGUCCAUCUAUAAGGGUGUUCGGACGUUAAGACGCAAGUUCAUCUUGAAGUACGUCGACAUGGAUGGCCUUGUCAGGAAGAGAUAA